AUGUCUAACGCACGCUUCGUCGACGAGCCGCCUCAGGUUAUCAACCAGGCGGACCUCGACCUGGCCAACGAGAAGCUCGAGUCCCGCGAUGAGAGCUCCGCCAACGGCAACACUUCCAGCGAAGAUGCUGUCAAGAAAGAAGUCGACAACACCCCCGGCGCCACCCACGGCGAGCAUCCGUCAAACGGCAAUGGCACCAAGCUCGAGAGACUCGGCACCAACGACAAGUACGAGAUCACCGAGGACGACUGCUACGAUGAGCUCGGCUACUCGUUCCCCAAGUGGAAGAAGUGGACCAUCCUGACCGUUAUCUUCUGGGUUCAGGUGUCCAUGAACUUCAACACUUCGCUCUACUCCAACGCCAUCCCGGGUAUCCAGGAGGAAUUCGGUGUCAGCGCUCAGGCCGCCCGCUGCGGUGCCAUGAUCUUCUUGGUUUUGUACGCCUUCGGUUGCGAACUGUGGGCGCCGUGGUCUGAGGAAUUCGGUCGCUGGCCGGUCCUCCAGCUCUCCCUCUUGUUCGUCAACAUCUGGCAGAUUCCGGUCGCUCUUGCCCCCAACUUCGCUACCAUCAUGGUCGGCCGUGCGCUCGGCGGUCUCUCGUCCGCCGGUGGCUCCGUCACCCUGGGCAUGAUUGCCGACUUGUUCGAGUCCGAUAAGCAGCAGUACGCCGUCGCCUACGUCGUGUUCUCUUCCGUCUUCGGCUCCGUCCUCGGCCCCAUCGUCGGCGGUUUCACGGAAGAGUAUCUCAACUGGAGGUGGUCCAUCUGGGUCCAGCUCAUCUUCGGCGUCGCCAUUCAGCUGAUUCACGCUGUCUUCGUCCCCGAGACCCGCAGCACCAUCUUGAUGAACCGCAUCGCCAAGAAGCGCAGGGCCGCCGGCCACCCCAACAUCUGGGGCCCCGACGAGCUCGUCCCCUUCGCCGACCGCUUCUCCAUGAAGGAAGUCAUUUCCACCUGGGUCCGCCCCUUCAAGAUGUUUCUCACCGAGCCAAUCGUCCUGGUUCUGUCACUCCUCUCCGGCUUCUCUGACGCCCUUAUCUUCAUGUUCAUCCAAUCUUUCGCCCUGGUUUACAAGCAGUGGAACUUCACCACCGUCGAUAUUGGCCUGGCCUUCAUUCCCAUCGGCAUUGGAUACGUCAUCGCCUGGCUGGCCUUCAUCCCCGCCAUCAAGCGCAACAUCAAGGAACGUAAGGCCAAGCCCCAAGAUGACCGCGCUCAGUACGAGUCUCGCCUAUGGUUUCUUUUAUACACCGCACCGUGUCUUCCCAUCGGCCUGAUCGGUUUUGCAUGGACUAUCCAGGGUCCUCCCAUUCAUUGGAUCGGCUCCAUGGUUUUCGCUGCCAUUGUGGGUAUCGCUAACUACGCCAUCUACAUGGCCACCAUCGACUACAUGAUCUGCGCCUACGGACCCUACUCCGCCUCAGCUACCGGAGGAAACGGAUUUGCCAGAGAUUUCCUAGCUGGAGUGUUAACCAUUCCCAGUGUCCCCUUCUUCUCAAAUAUCGGCGCUGCGAGCGGGAAGAACCUCGAGUACGCAUGCACGAUCCUCUUCUGCAUCGCCUUUGUGCUGGUCGCCGCUGUUUUCAUAAUCUAUUGGAAGGGACCCACGCUGCGUGCCCGGUCGCCCUUCGCCAUGAAGCUUGCCGACGCCAAGGAUGAUGCCGGUGGUCGUCGCCCGAGUCACGUCGAGGGUGGUGCAGAAACUAGCACUGCAAACGCUGGUGACGAUGCUCCCGACCGUCCCCCGUACGUCCGCCAGAGGAGCCAGAACUCGAGAUUCUUUGGCGAAAGCAGAGUCACCCCCCGCGGCACCCCAAGAGGUACUCCCUCCGCAAGCAGAGCCAACAGCCGUGCCAACAGCCCUUCCAGGCGCAAGUGA